CGGCCCGGCCCGGCCCGGUCCGGCCCGGUCCGGCGGCCCCAAGAUGCAGAACGUCAUCAACACAGUGAAGGGGAAAGCCCUCGAGGUGGCCGAGUACCUGACCCCCGUGCUCAAGGAAUCGAAGUUUAAAGAAACUGGUGUCAUAACCCCAGAAGAGUUUGUGGCGGCCGGAGACCACCUGGUCCACCACUGCCCAACGUGGCAAUGGGCUUCGGGAGAAGAACUGAAAAUCAAGGCCUACCUGCCUCCGGGAAAACAGUUUUUGGUCACGAAAAAUGUGCCGUGCUACAAACGGUGCAAACAGAUGGAAUACUCGGACGAACUAGAAGCCAUCAUAGAGGAAGAUGACGGGGACGGAGGGUGGGUGGACACCUAUCACAACGCGGGUGUGGCAGGAGUGGCUGAAGCAGUGAAAGAGAUCACACUGGACAGCAAGGACAGUGUAAGGCUGCAAGGUCGCUCGGGAUCACAUGAGGACGAGGAAGAAGAGGAAGAGGAGGAGGAGGAGGAGGGAGAAGCGGCAGAUAUGGAAGAAUAUGAAGAGAGUGGGCUGUUGGAGACCGACGAGGCUACUCUGGACACGAGAAAAAUGGUAGAUGCUAGCAAGACGAAAACUGAUGUUGGGAAUGAAGAUGCAAUUUUGCAGACCAGGACCUAUGACCUAUACAUCACGUACGACAAAUACUACCAGACGCCUCGACUCUGGCUUUUUGGCUACGAUGAGCAACGGCAGCCACUCACUGUAGAACACAUGUAUGAAGACAUCAGUCAAGACCAUGUGAAGAAAACCGUGACCAUUGAAAACCACCCCCAUCUUCCACCACCUCCUAUGUGCUCAGUGCACCCCUGCAGACAUGCCGAGGUAAUGAAGAAAAUCAUCGAGACCGUCGCCGAGGGUGGAGGAGAGCUGGGGGUUCACAUGUACCUUCUCAUUUUCUUGAAGUUCGUCCAAGCCGUCAUUCCGACCAUAGAAUACGACUACACGAGACACUUCACCAUGUGACGGAACGGGGCUCGGGCUAGUUGACGGACGAAUUGAGCCCCGGUCUAGACUUUACUGACCAGAUCCACCUCUAUGUACGAUUGAUGAAAUAAAGGGACUUUUAUGUUUAUGCUUUCAAUAAAAUAUGUUCCAUUACCAGCCUUACUUUAAUAAAAAGUGUGAGAAAAAGAAA